GUCAAUAAUAAUUCGAAAGUGAAUAAUAAUGAUGGUGACGAUUUAUCAUUGCCACCGUCAAAGAAAAGAUCAGUUACAAAAAGUUUGAAUUCGGAACCUCAAUUGGAAAAGGUUUCUAAGCAGGAAUUUAUGAAUGACUCGAAAGAGGAAGAACGGGAAGAUCCUUUGCAAAAACUUCAGGAUGACAUGGAUCAAGAAAACAUGAAGGAAUUACAUGAAACAGAAGCUAAUAUCAAACAACCUGGAUAUAAAAAUUCCUCAAUUUAUAAAGCUCCAACUAAUGAAGAAAUUCAAGGAUUAAAAGAGAUUUCUGGUUUAUUCAAAUCCAAUAUAUUUAAACUUCAGAUUGAUGAACUUUUGUCUGAAGUAAAUCUAGAUUAUAGCGCAACAACACGUUUGGAGAACGCCUUACAUAAAUUAAAACAAAUACUUGAGAAUAUUAAAGAUAAACCUGAGCUUACGAUAACCGAAAUCACGGCCAAUAUGUUAAAAGAUCAUAAGGUUGUGAUUCCGUUUCCAGACCCACAACCUCCAGAUGAUAUAAAGAUUAGAUUUGGUUUUAAGAAACCGAGUGCUUUUUACAUUGUUGGGAGUUAUCCUCUGAAAACUGUGGCUCUUGGAAGAAACGGUUUUAACGUAGAUGUGGCUGUUAUAUUACCUCAGUCAUUAUUUCAGGAAAAGGAUUGUAUGAACUAUAGAUAUUUUUAUAAGAGGUCAUAUUAUCUUGCGGUAUUGGCUGCUUCAUUGCAAGAGAAUAAAUUAGGAUUGAACGUAAAUGUGGAAUUCGAAACACUUGAUGGCGACAAUCGUCGCCCUAUUCUAAUACUAAAACCUUCCAGAGAUCAUUCGGACACCGACUUUUCAAAGCUGAAUUGUGUAAUUAGAGUGUUGCCAAGUAUUUCACCGGAAACAUUUCCUUUAAGAAGGUUAUCACCUUCACGUAACAACGUUCGUCCACACCAUGAUACAAAUGAUCCUCAAAUUUCUGCUUCAAAUCUUCCACCAACACCUCAAUACAAUAAUGCAAUUUUAUCAGACAUGUAUUAUGUAAAACAUCUGCAUGAUCUUUAUAAACAAACAAAGUUAUGUAGUGCAUUUGCGGAUGCAUGUAAACUGGCCAAAGUUUGGUUGAAUCAGAGAGGAUUUGGUGGGGAUGAAGAUGGUUCAAGUGGAUUCAAUGGAUUUACUUGGUCAAUGUUGACGAAAUAUUUGUUACAUGCCGGAGGUCAAAAUGGUGGAAAAAAACUGGCAAAUGGGUUUAGUUCUUAUCAAUUAAUGAAAGGAACUAUGGAUUAUUUAGCGAAUCAUGAUUUUGUUAACAAUCCUGUAUUUAUGGAUAACAGUUCUAAAUCUAAUGAGUUUAAUGAGAAUGUAUUCAAAGACAAUUUUGAAGUGGUAUGUGUUGAUAAUUAUGGAACUUUAAAUUUAUUUGGUAGAAUGUCGAAAACCGCUAUAGAUCAGCUGCAACAAGAGGCCAUUUUGGCGAUGGAAUAUUUUAACGAACCUCACGUGGAUAGAUUUGAAGCUUUGUUCUUGAAAAGAGUUGAUAAUGUGAAAUUAAGAUAUGAUAACUUCGCAAGAAUAACACAAAUCCCAAAAUCAUAUAAUGAAUAUAAUAAAGCUGCCAAGUUAGAUUUUCCUGAUACUUUUGUUCACUUUGCAAAGACAAUACCAAGGUUACUUAAGCAAGGACUUACAAAUAGGGUCAAUUUAAUCGCAGUCAAUUAUAACAAAUUACCACCUUGGUCCACUUCUGAAAAACCAAAAACGUAUAUUUCAUCUAAUACUAAUCUUUAUAUUGGAUUUGUAUUUAAUCCUGAUGAAUCCAAUCGACUUGUUGAUUAUGGUCCAUCACCUGAAGAUGAAAUUGCAGCAGCAAAGUUUCGUAAAUUAUGGGGGAAGAAGGCAGAAGUUAGAAGAUUUAAAGACGGAAGUAUUCUCGAAUGUGUUGUUUGGGAUUCUAAACAAGGAAUAGAAUCAAGGAGUUUGGUUGUUAACCAAAUUGUUUUACAUUUGAUGGAAUUGCAUUAUAAAAUUAAAGAGAACAAAGGAAUACAAUAUUGGGCAGGACAACUAAAUAAAUUUGUUAGACCUUCUCGGGAUAUUCCAAAAAGAAUUUGGAAUCCAGACUUAAGCAAUCAAGGGUUUCAACACGUUAUGAGUGCAUAUGAUAAAUUGGUAAAGCAAUUUUACGCGUUAGAAGAUAUACCUUUGAGAAUUUCAAGUAUUAAGGGAUCGAGUCCUUCACUUCGAUAUUCCUCCGUGUUUAUACCUCAACCAAUUCACCAGAAAUUAAAGGAUUUUGAUGAUGCGCUUCAAUCCCAUUAUAACGAACCUAUUGAUAUAAUUAUACAGUUUGAAUAUUCAGCAAAAUGGCCUGAUGAUCUCGUUGCUAUACAGAAAAUGAAGAUAGCGUUCUAUAUUUGUUUAUCGAAUCAAUUUCGAAAACAAUUUCCCGAAACAAAAACAAAAGUUGUCGCUACAUCGAAUUUAAAUGCGAUAAUAUCAACUAAUACAUUUUUAGAAAUUUAUUUUACCGCCACAAGAUUUACGUUUAGAUGUUUUAUAUAUCAUGAACGUGAAUUGAUUCUAUUGGACCGUAGUAUAAAAGAUAAAAAUUCCACACCGGCAAAACGAGACCUUUAUACGAAAGCUUUAUCUCGUUUAAGAAGGAAAUUUCUUGACUUACCCUUACAUAAUACGCAAAUACAAACAUUAUGUAAUAAACACCCUUCACUUUCUUUAACUAUUAGAUUAACUAAAAGAUGGUUUAGUGCACAUUUAUUAACAUCAAUGCAUAUUGAUGAAGAAUUUAUUGAGGUGCUAUGUGCUGUGAUUUAUUUAAAUCCUAAUCCUUGGAGAAGACCUUCAAGCGGAUUUGUGGGAUUUCUGAGAGUUUUGGAAUUCAUAAUUGAAUGGGAUUGGAAAAAUGAUCCUGUUAUUGUCGAUUUAGACGAAUCAAAUAAUAGCAAAGAAGGAAGUGUCGUAAUUGGUACUUCUAGUACAAAUGCAAUUGAGGACGGAACAAAUGUCAAUGAUGAGACGACAAAGAAAAGCGUUUUUGAGAAACUUUUAGAAAAGUUUAAGAAUAAGAGAAGGGCGAAUGGAAAUUAUAAACAUUCAACGAUGUUUUUGGCUACUAUCAAUACAAUAUCAAAUGAAGGCGUAAUAUGGGGAGAGGAGAAACCUAGUAAAGUUGUGGCUAUUAGAAUUAAGGAGUUAGCUAAAGCUGCAAUUGAAUGCGUCGAUGAAAUUAUUAAAGGAAAAGUAGUAGAUGAUAACGGAUUCAAGAGAUUAUUUGUUACGCCAUUACAAGAUUAUGACGUGAUAAUACAUUUGAAUCCGAGUGUGUGCACGCGUUAUUACCAAAAUUUAGAUCCCGACAAAUCCUAUUUUAUAAGAGAUAAUGAUCGUAGAGAAAAUGAAAAACGUGAAGAAAUUUUAAAACUUUUUGAAUUGGAAGCAGGAAUAAGUGAGAGAAAGAAUAUCGAAGUAGAUGAUGAAGAAAAAAGUGAAAAGUCAAGUGAGGAAGAUGAGUCGGAGGAAAAAUGGCCAUUAAUUGGAUUUGAUCCAGUGGAAUGUUAUAUAAAUGAACUAGAGAAGAUUUAUUCAGAUACAUCAUCAUUAUUAUUCUUUUAUGAUAAAUAUGGUGGUACCUUUAUCGGCGUAGUAUGGAACCCCACAAAUUUUAUUCCUAAACCAUGGAAAGUCAACAUUGGAUUUUCUAGUAUUCCCGUCGAUCUAAUAUCAAAUGAAGAAAGGGAGAAGGUUUUAGUAAAGAAGGAUGAUCCCAAAAAACAACCAACCCAAAAUGGUGAAAAAAAUUAUUCUAACAAGGUUAUUAUAAAUACUAAAGCGAUUAUAUUAGAAAUAGAAAGAUUAGGUAAUGGGUUAGUUAAGAGAGUGGAAUUUAAAAAAUAA